UCAGCACAUAAUGCUACUUAAACCUUCGGAAAUUUUCUUUAGCCAGAAUAAUAUAAGCUAUUCAUUUUCAGCACCCGGAAGAUUUAAAGAUAAUCGUAUUGGAGACACAUUGGAUGAUAUAAUUAAAGGUAACAUAAAGGUACAUCAGUUUCCUCCAAUAUCGGUUACAAAGAAACCGGGUGGCAAUAAAUGGUUUACUUUAGACAACCGUAGACUAUGGAUAUUUCACCGUUUAGAGGCCCAUGGAAUGUGCAAGGAGAUUGAUGUGAAUGUUGUGGAAUACUCGUUGCAACACGGAAGGAAAUUUACCUCAAAUAAUGGUGGUGUGGCUAUCUCUGUUCGGGGUUUUCCUGGCGGGGAGUGGGUUCGGAGAAUCACACCAGUCGUUCCUAAAUGCGUGCAGCCUAAAACUCCCGACAAAUCAGAAACACCGUUAGAAACAACUGCUACAACCUUUUCUUCAACAUCUUCUGUUGAUAACGUAAAGUCUAUAUCCGUGACAGAUGUGCAAUGUGCAUCAGAUGUAAAGUUUCCAAUACGCCUAUCCACCUCUUCAACAGUCGUGGAUGCACCAAAUGUAUCCACUGACCGCUUUAAGGAAAUGUCUUCAACUUUUACUGGUUCAUGUGUACUACCAUCCAUGGCCGUGGAAAUGGCAAAACGUCUCCUAAAGGUUCGACAGGAACAACCAUUACCUUCAAUACUGUCGGGUAAAAGAUCACAUGAAGAUACAUUCGGGUGUAAAAAAUCACCGUUUACCGAUUAUAUACUUUCUAAAAGGGUACGUUUUGAAAAUUAUUGGGCCGGAAACAGUUACAGAGCAUCCAGAGUGUUCAGCCAACACAGGCAUAAAUAUGAGUAUGACUAUGAAGAAUCUGACGAAGAGCUCAUGGAAAGUAUUACUAAGGUGCCCGGAGAAGGUGAAAUGGUACAAACCUGUCCUAAACAUGACUUUAAUGUUGAUGUUAAAGAUUCUGAUAGCGACGCUAAGGAAAUAGAUUACCCAGACGAUAUUGAAAGCGAUAGUGAUGAAAGCCAGAAUAAUUAUGCACUUCGCAAUCUUUUCAACAACAACUCUUCAGAUACCGAUGCUGAUUUAGAUACCGAUACAUCUUUAGAUAGCAUACCUGAUUCAGACAGCAAUAGUGAUUUGUCCAGUGAUACUAGCAACACAAUGGUGGUUAGGAAAAAAAACAGUAAUCGUUUAAUAAUAUGCGAUAGAGACAUUUACCAUGACCCAGAUUUUGAUGACGAUAGUGGUCCAGAAUUUGAUGAAGAUGAUAGAAUCGGUGAAAGAUUUAACUACUAUGAGGAUUUAGACUGUGCCGAAACACAAAGGGCAAACACUGCGUGUAUGUUCAACUACAAGCAUAUUGAAGAAGAACACUCUGACUUUCUGUCAGAAUCCGAAACAGAAUCAUCGUCAGAAUCAGACACAGACUCAUCAGGCAAUGAAUCAUCCAGAUCUGACAGCGAUUAUGACUUUCAUGAGAAUUAUAAUGUGUGUUGCCACUAUGACAUCAUUUAAAAGCAAAAUAUUUUCAGUGUUUUUUUGUCAUGCAUACACGAUAAGAGGGAAUCAAACUAUUUAUUUCUAUAAUUGUUCAUUGAUUGAAAACAUUUUAAAUUGACGUUUGUGAAGUGCAUUUCAGAUAAUGAAGAUAUUCCUGCUGGGUUAAAUGUAAACACACACACAUGUCAUAUGGUUCCUUUUCAUGAAAAACAAAUAAAUCAUGAAAUUGCUUGGUAUGUUUUUUUUGGAUAAAGUAUAUUGAUCAGUAUUAGUGUUGAAAUAUGUUUGAUUAAGUCGUUCAUGUAAAACAAUACGAAACUAUCAUAUGUAAACGUAUAGUGUAUACUCAUGUAUGUUAAGAAAACAACGUUAUUCUUAAUCUAAACAUUUCAUUGGAAAUGCCUACUUUCGAUUUACGUUUUUGAAAAAUACGUUCUAUGUAAAAGUUUUAAGUGUGGAAUAGUAAGCAAAAAAGUAUCAAACAAGAACAUUACUAUAACAAAUACUUUAUUCAUUUAAAAAAGAGAAAUCGGUGAACAAUGAGCUUUGUGUUGAUUGUAUUAAAGAAAGAAAAUGAAUCUAAAACCGUCGGAGAUUUUCUAUAGUCAGAAUAACAUCAGCAAUACGUUUACAGGUAGACAUAGAGGCGAACUUAUCGGUGAAACACUUGACGACAUUAUUGAAGGUAAAUUGUCAUACGACAGGUUGCCAACCAUAACGGUCAUCAAGAAACAGGGAAGCAACAAAUGGACAACGCUUGACAACCGAAGACUGUAGAUUUUUCAUCACUUGCAUGCCCGAGGAGUGUGCGAUAAAAUCCAUGUUAAUACAAAAAAAUACGAACAUCUUUCUUCAUGGGACUUCAACAAAUUUUCAUCGACUAACGGUGGUGUCGCAAUAAGCGUUCGUGGACAUCCUGGAGGGAAGUGGCAUCGAAAAAUCAGACCGGUCCGACCUUAUUGUGAGGACCCAGAACCUUUGCGUGCCCCAGAACAUGUAGUACCCAUUGACCCAGUUGAACAAAUACGCAGUGAAUUAUUAGACAGGCUUCUCAAAAUAAAACAAGGAUGCCCACUGCCUAUUGUGCCCUUUUACAAGAGAAAAUACAAGGAAGCGUUCUUUGAUUUAUAUAAAAAGGAAGGUGAUUCUCAACCGUUGAUAAAGAAGUUAAAUAUUACUGUCACUCAAGACGAAAUACAGGAGGACGAAUUGUAAAAACUGAAAAUUCGGGAGAUGGACAUACGGACAACGAUGCAGAAAAUAAUUCUGCAGAUCUUGGAAUAAAUUAUGAUAAUCAAAGGAUAACGCUGAUGUGAUUGAGCAAGUAAAAAAUUGCAUCGAGUAUUCUGAAACCGAAAAAGAAAUGAUAUGCAAUUCUCAUUUUUGAAGGACAAUUAUGAAUUUGUAUAAGUAACUCAAUACAAACAUGUCUGUUAUGUGAAACGAUAAACUCUACGUAUGCAUUCAAUGAACUGCACUUUCUGUAACGUAAUCAAUAAAGUAUAAAAAUAGCGGAGAUGAUCUAAAAUAAAAUACAGCUAUUUUCAGAAAAUGUAAUACAUGUAUAUUAACACUCAUGAUAUGUAAGUCUGACACUAAAAAGAAUAAAUAAGAUUUAAUCUAUGAUACUGGAAAUAUGUAUAUAGGUCUUAAACCAUCUGAAUUUUUUACAGUUAAGAUAUCAUUGUCGUGAAGUUUAAAGAUGGAAGUAGGAUGGGAGAAACUGGCUGGAAUAAACACUAGAAAAAACAACGUAUACACCAUCUUGCUGGACAUGGCGAGACUGUACGAGUAAAUGUGCGGGACUAUGAAAGAAAACAAAAACAAAGAUAAGAUGAAGAAGUUUACUGCUAUUAAUAAUGCUGGCGAAGAAAUUACGGUUCGGCUUUAUGACAAAAGACAAAUUCCACUGGAAGGCGAUAUCAUUAUAUCAUUACAAGAUUAAACCUGUGAUACCUAAAGUUAAUAAGCCUGAACUUACGGAGUCAGAAAAAGUUGUUGAAAAGUAGGAAACACUGUGAGUGACACUGUUAAAUUUGAAACCGAUGAGAAUGCCACUACUAUGGACACUGCUGGAAGUGAAUAUACAUAUUCUGUAAAGUUGAAAAUUUCGGAAGUGAUGUCAUUAAUAAACAGAUGACAAGUCAUUUCAUUGGAAAAAAUGUUGAUAAUCAAACUAAACAAAUAGUUUCACGCAUUCUACACAAAGAGAACAUUCUCUUUUGAUGACAUUUUAAAAUCAACAUCUUGUAUCCCGAUAGUAAUAGAACACCAGAACAAUGGAUACACAAAGUAUUACAACCAGAGAAAAACAUUUUUAAGCAAAUAAUUCUGAAUCGCUUGCUGAAACAUGCAAACGAAAGGGGGAUGAAAAUAGCGAAACAUCCGCACUUCUUGCAACAAAAUUAAUAAUAAAAGAAAAGUCAUCGCCGUAAGUGAAAGGUGCCUUGUUUCCAGCUGUUGUAGCUCUGGCAUAAAAAAUAGCGAAGAAGAAGAUUAUAAGUACCAGUGUAGACAGUUUAGUUCAUCUGCCCUAUAUGGGAACUGUCUUUCAUACCACUACAUUUAAAUUGAUACCUGAAAGGUUUAGAGGUUGAUUUAUUUAUAUAUUUAUUUAUAGUUCCAAACAUUCCAGUAUUCCAAACGAAAACAGUUCAACUUUGUUGAGUUGGCUGAUAGGACAGUUGUAUAUUAGUUUAACUAGAUGUAUGCAGUGUUAUAUACAGUAAAUGCAUCUGUGAUGAAAAAGUAUAAGUGUCUUUCCACUGUUUUUUGGUUCUAUAUUAUGCAUUUUACUGAUUGAUGUUUGCAAAGUUUUCAUUUGUUUUUUACAAAUAGUUUUAAUUUUUUGUUUUUACGUAUAAUUAGUCUAUCGUUUUGUUACAUUUUUAUUUUAUUAAUACUUUCUUGAUAGUCAAGUCUGUGAUAUAUUGUUAAGUAUAACUAUCUUGUUCUUUAAUGAUAUUCACUGAAAAAUAAAAUAAUUCUUUGA